GGUAAAUAAAACCGCACCACUAGUUGUGACAUUUACGCAAACAAAAACGGUAAUAAAAUGUCCAUAGCUCAACUCCCGCACAACUGCAUGUUCGUAUCGCCAACCAACUCACAGAAGCAAUUUAUUUAAAAGCUAAAAAUUAAUGAUGCCAUCCAGACAGCUCUGACAAAGGUCUGACUAGCAUGACUACACUGCCUGUCUGAAUGCUAUCUUCUUCGGGGCUGGGUCAGUAUUAUCAUUCAGCUACGAGAAAUCAACAAAGCAUGAAAGAAAGGUUAAAGUACAACCUGUGCACCUCUCUGUAGGCUGAAGUUUGGUAUCACGCGUUUAUUGCCUGAUGCACUUUUGCGCAUUCCCCGUCAACAACUGUCGAGGGAGUAACCUGUGAACCGCAAAAGCUUCGAUUUCUAGAACCAUGAAGACAGUGGUUACCGUGUUCGGUGCGACGGGACAGCAGGGCGGAUCCGUGGUCCGGGCUCUCCUGGAGCAGCCCGACAAGUUCCAAGUCCGAGCCGUCACCCGCAACCCCACCUCCCCGAAGUCCCUGGACCUGGAGGCAGCGGGCUGCCAACUGGUCCAAGCCGAGCUGGCCCAGACGGAGAGCCUGAUUCCGAUCCUCCAAGGGGCGGACUGCUGCUUCCUGGUCACCCUGCCUCCCGUGGAGAUGGUCCUGGAGGAGGCCGUCAAGGACGAGUACCAGUACGGCAUGAACGUGGCCAACGCCUGCAUGGCGGUCGGCCUGCCGCACCUGAUUUUCACCACCUUGCCAAACUGCGAGGAAAUCAGCGGGGCUCCUGUCCCGUGGAGUGACAGCAAAGCCAAGAUCACCGAGUACUUCAAGAAGAAGGAGCUACCACUGACCUCCAUCACACUCCCAGACUUUUAUGAAAAUUACUUGAGCGUUCUUAAGCCUAAGAAGGUAGAAGACGGUGUAUACAACAUGGUCAUUCCAACAGGCGAGCAGGCCUACAGCUUGAUAAACAUCACCUACCUGGGCGAGGCAGUGCGCCACAUCAUCACCCACAGAGACGAAUACCUCAACAAGAACCUUACCUUGGUGACGGACAGACUGACAGUAGGGGAAAUUGCUGACAUCAUGAACAAGCAUCUAGCACCGUUUGGGAAGACAGUUGGAAAUGCUAAGUUCACACUGGACCAGACAAGGGAAAAAUACAAAGCCAUCGCUGGAAUAGAGACUCUGGUGAAUUGGUACAAGUUCAUCUUGGCUGGUCCAGCAGACCCGCAGUACGAGGAAUACAAGGACAUAGAACUUGGACGAAGGCUCAUGCCAUCGGCAAAGUCUUUUGAUGAAUGGAUUGAAGAACAUAAGGAAGUUCUUGCUGCCGCUCUGUGUUGACUUAAAGCGUAUCCUGUAGUGGAUGUAGUGUGACCAAUCAGCUCCUAGAUUCUGGUGGAGGGGAAAUAACGUGAAUCUGGUGCAUGAAGCAAAACACGGGACACACGCCAGGUUUGAGAUGCUAUUGGAGAGGCAGUCUCUAGUCAAAUGCAUCAGAGCUUUCACUUUGCACUUUCUUGAGAACAGUCGUCAACUACACCUUGCACUCGUGUAGAUAGCUGUCCAACUUCAAUUUACUAUUUUACUAUCUUAAUUUAGUCCAUGGUUUAGUGUACUUUAGUCUAACUAAUUCGCAACACCUGGUAGCCUAAUUUUUUUCACCUGAUUCUCCGCAAAAAUCGAAAUGAAUGCUUUCUUAAAUUUCAGAGCAGGUUCCUCGCGCGAAGUGAUUACAGGGAAAACGAUAUAAGACGUUUUGCUGGUCUACAUGCGAUGUUCUGCCGUUAACAUUUACAUUUACACAGUGCGACAAGAUAUGGAAAGGCGGAUUUUGAGCUAAGCGAGGAGAGUGAAGUGAGAUUAAAGUCUUCAAGAUAGACGAUGUUCUCUCAAGAUUUAUCUCCAUAAUUGGUCGAUCGUAUUUUGCGCAUUGCCAGCCGAAAAAUCGAGUACACUGUAGAAUGAAGUUUGUGAACUGAGAAGUGAACGGGCUAGACCGAGCCGUUAUUGGUUUCCUUUCACACGCGCUGGCGCUAUGGCGGAAGUUGGGUCUAUCGUGGUCAGUUAUAAUUGACCAAUGAGCGUUGUCUUGAGAACUUUCCAGUACUUUGAUGGGUAAUCACGCGUCCUGGUGUCGGGCUACAGGCUGGUUCCUUGUAAGAAACUAGCUAAUAAUGAUUAUCGAGAAAUGAACCCAUUUAGAUGUAUACCUUUAUGCGCGUGCGCUGUAAAAUGUUUCGCAGUUGUAUACCAAUGUUGAAUUAAUGCUAUAAUUUGCAAACAUUAUGGUAAUUGGUUGAGUGGUUUAUGUGUUAAAAGGUAACAGUCCACAAUUUAUAGGAAAUCUGAAUUAUGACUGAAAUGUAGAAUGUGAUUAAUGACAUUGCUGCUUCUGUUCUUCAGCGGAUGGAAUAUUAGGACUAG